AUGAUUCCCUCCCGGCUCCCUAAACCCGGACGAGCUGCUGGCGUACGGCCUAGCAAUAGCACAAAUAACAAUAAUAAUAACAAUUCACACAAGCAUGCAAGACCCGGAUCGGGGCCUGUUCUUGGACAUAGAAGAAAACCCAUUCGUUCCUCGGGUACUACUUCGGCACCAUCCGGACAUAUGAGUCAGCGGGGAUUGAAUGCAAGAUCAAGUACUCCUGAACAUAGCGAAAUGGCCCAGAACCAGCACCCAAAUAAAGAUACCAAUGAUACUUCUCUAGGUCCUCAUGAUAUGAGUAUUAUCAGCAAUGACCACGACACUAGUUCCGAGCGCCGGUCGCUCGACUCGAAAGGAAGCGAUGCUGGAUCGAAUAUCAGUGUGGUUGUGCGUUGUCGUGGUCGCAACGAUCGUGAGAUUCAGGAAAAAAGUCAUGUUGUUGUGAAGACUUCGGCAUUGGACCCAACAAGCGUUGUUGUAGGACUUUCUGAUGACGGGACUGGAGUACCAGCAGGUCAGAACUCUAAGAUUUACAAGGUUGACCAAGUAUUUGGGCCAGAAGCUGACCAAACGAUUGUUUAUAAUGAAGUUGUCGCGCCCAUGGUCACUGAAGUUUUGCGUGGAGCAACAUGCACAGUUUUUGCAUACGGACAAACAGGCACCGGUAAAACAUAUACAAUGACUGGUGACGAAACGCUUUCUCCAACAGGUGGUAUUUCACACGAAGCUGGUGUUUUGCCACGGUUUUGCAGAGACCUUUUCAAAGCAGCAGAGGCAGAUGGAUACGAUUUUGCUGUCAAGAGCUCAUUUAUCGAACUGUACAAUGAAGAUCUACGAGACCUGCUGAGUGAUAGCGAUUCGAAAAAAGUAACAAUUCUAGAUCCAUCUACAUCAAACAACAUGCCUAAAACCUCGGGCAUUACUCGCGGCCAGGAAAACCUGUUUAUUCAGUCGGCAGACCACGGACUUAAGGUAUUGCAGCGUGGGUUGCGUAAACGCCAAGUUGCAUCCACCAGAAUUAACGAACUUUCUUCCCGAUCACAUACCAUCUUCACUAUUACAGUUUACAUGAGCAUGAACAAACGUACAAGCCAGGAUGUUGCACACGCCGAACUUUCAGAACCUCAGCUUUCGUCAAUUGUCAAGGAGUCUUGCAUAGUUGGGAAAAUUAACUUUGUAGACUUGGCAGGCUCUGAAAACAUUGGAAAAUCUGGAGCCGAUAAUAAGCGAGCACGCGAGGCUGGCAUGAUUAACCAGAGUUUGCUGGCACUGGGUCGUGUCAUUAAUGCGCUUGUGGACAAGACGAGCCAUAUACCUUACCGUGAAUCAAAACUAACGCGAUUACUUCAAGAUUCUCUUGGUGGUCAAACGAAAACUUGCAUUAUUGCAACCGUGAGUCCGGCACACAUUAAUUUAGAAGAGACGCUGAGUACGCUAGAAUAUGCGACAAAGGCGAAAAAUAUCCGCAACAAGCCCCAGUUUCGGUACUUGGUUUCGAAAACAACACUUUUUAAAGAAUGGUCUGAUGACUACAUUCGGUUACAACGAGACCUGGAAGCAACAAGGAAAAAACAUGGUAUAUAUCUUACGGAAGAACACUACAAGGAGUUGGUUUCUGAAAAUGCUGAGCUUAAGCUGCGAUUAGAGGAACAAGAGCGUAAGGUGACUUUACAAGAAACACAACUCAAGACACUACGGGGCGAUGUAGAGUCGACCAAAUCACAACUGAAUGAAACACGACGGCAACUAUCUACAGCGACCAAAAACUUUUCCGACUCGGUGACUAAUCUAUCAGCCAAGGAGGAAGAACUGGCCAAAGCCAAGUCCAACUGGACGUUGGAGCGGCUACUAAAGGAAGCACACGCAGCAACCGAGCGGAAGCUGCAGCAGACGGCGAUUGAGCUUGCGGCAAAGCUUGAGAAGUCGACUGAGAUUGUGGCGACGCUGCAGAUCCGGCUCGCACAGUCUGCUGACCGCGACAAUGAGAACCGGACGCGGCUGAAUAGCCACAACAAGGCAAUUAGCAGCACCUACACAGAAGUUUCAGAAGCACUUUCAGCAUUUGACAAGACCCACAAUAAAGAGUCUAAGGCGUUUAAGCAAGCAAUGAAGCAGCUGGUUGACAAGCAGUUGACACAGUUGCAAGAGUUGCUGCGGGAAGUUUCAGAUACUAACAAUGCGGAAAAAAGUUUUAUGCGAGAGUUUGCAGAGGCUGGAGAGCAGUAUGGUGAGCAAACAGAUACUGCCCGAAAGGCAUUUGGAGACGCACAAGAGAGUGUGAAGAGCAGAGUUGAAGCAGGGCUUUCUGAGAUUCAAAACUCGCUUAACGGGCUAGUACGCGAGGCUGGAAGUAAGAUUGAGGAGCACCAGCAAAUUACCACGCGGUACUCGGCUAGUUUACGGGAGCGUCUAACGUUAUUAUUUGAUGAUGUGAAUGAGGCGAUGAAUAAACAAUCUGCGGAGAUUCGGGGGCUGAAUGAGAGGCUUGUUUCAUCGACGCAGGAUUCAAUUAAAGAGUAUGAAGAUGCAGUUGCUCAGGGGCUUUUCGGGAUGUUGGAGAAGGAGAUGGCGCAGUCGAAACAUGAGCGGCUGGAGCUGUUUGAAAAGUAUCAGGCACUUGUUCAGGCCCAGGAACAGGAGCAAGCCAAGCGCAUGGAGACUCGGGUGGAGGAAAUUCACAGCACACUUGGUAAACACCAGCACGCAUUAUCGGCAGCCUCGACAGCCCAUGCUGCGUCAAUUCACCAAGUGCUACAAGUGCAACAAACGUUCCAGCAGACGCUUGAAACUCGCCAGCGUGAUAUUACGCGUGGGAUUGAGGGUGGUGUACAUGAUGCGGAGACAAGUGCAAAGGCGUUACAGCACGCGGUUGCACAGCAGGCCGAAAGUGUGCGGGGGCAGGUAGAGCAACAUGUACAAGAGGUUGAUGCAGGUCUUGGAAAUGUGGCAACGAGGGCCCGGGAAGUUGAUGAGUUGCAGCGUGGACAUGUAUUGCGACUAGAGCAGCAGGUUCGGCGGGCACAAGAAGCAGGUGUUGCAGCUGCGGAACGUGUUGAGCGUGGGCUGGAGGAGGUUACUGCGGAGGCAGCACGGGUGAGUAUUCCUGGAGACGGGUAUGUUGCACGAGUUGGCGAGGCACUUGGGCGAGCGCGACGAGCGACGCAAAACGUGGCGAAUCAGUCGCAAGAGCUUAUUGGGUGCAUGUCGUAUGAGGAGCCGGAAGCAGAGGCGAAUGGGAAUGAAGGGCCUAUUGUUGAUGCAUGGAAGCCGGUGUUGCCGAGCAAGUUGCCUGCGACGAUGCCUGAUGGGACGAGUGGGACACGGCCCAUAAGUGAACUUCAGGCCAAUAUUAUUGGAUCCUUUGCAAGCUUGCUUGCCGAGCUUGCAUCUCCUCAGAAGACUUCUCCUCAAAAGACUUCUCCUAAGAAGGGAUCUCCGAUUAAAGUACUGGCGAGUUCACCGGCCAAGGAUCAAGAGAAGGAUGAUGAGAAAGUAGAUGAGAAUAUGGAAGAGGAAGCAGAUGUUGAAGAAUGCUCACCAAGUAAGGUUGUACGGAGUCCAUUGUGUGAGAUUAGCAGUCACAAUUUGUCAUCUUCAAUAGUUGUUGCUACAGGUGAGACCGAACCUGCUACAGUAAAGGCGAGUCCAAUGGUUAUGGGGUCUCCUGAGAAGAACAUGAACAAGACGAACAAGAAUGAGGGGAGUAAACCGACAACAACAACAACACUACGAGUAAACUUUUUCCCUGCAAACAAGCGGUUAAGCAAGGCAGUUGAGCAGAGCGGGAUUCCGAGGAAACGGCCUGCAUCGGAGGUUCUUGAGAAUGGUUUGACUCGGCGAGCCAAGUCAUGA